AUGAUUAAGUCCAUCAUUCUGCAGGCCAUCAUGGUCCUGAGCACUCUUACCUCCGUCCACGGUGCCAAUUCCUCCGGCUGUGGCAAACAGCCUACCCUUGUCAACGGCGUCCACAAAAUCAACGACCGCGAGUACAUUCUCAAGGUUCCUGACAACUACAAUGCCAACAAACCGCACCAUCUCAUCUUCGGUCUCCACUGGCGCGGCGGAAAUAUGAACUCGGUUGUGAACGGCGAAAGCGUCGAGCCCUGGUACGGCCUCGAAACCCGAGCACAGGGUAGCGCAAUCCUGGUAGCUCCGAACGGCAGGAACGCCGGCUGGGCCAACAUCAACGGCGAAGAUGUAGCCCUCAUCGACGCCAUUAUAAAGCAAGUGGAGGAUGAUCUCUGCAUAGACCAGAGCUCUCGCUUCGCAACAGGAUUCAGUUGGGGUGGUGGCAUGAGCUAUGCGCUCGCUUGUGCACGGGCAAAAGAGUUCAGAGCUGUGAGCGUUUUGAGUGGUGGAGUGAUUAGUGGGUGUGAAGGAGGACAUGACCCUAUCGCUUAUCUGGGCAUUCAUGGAAUCAGUGACCCGUUUGCUGCGAAUAACGGGUGCCAGCAAACGUACGUUGGUAAGCCUGGACUUGGGAGUCACAGUUCCGUUCAAACGGACUUUAAGGGAUGCUCUAGGCCUGUUUCGUUUAUUGCUUAUGAUGGUGGACAUGAUGCUGCACCUCUUGGUGUUGGUAAUCCCCUGGCUCCGGAUGCCACGUGGAAGUUUUUCAUGGCUGCUUGA